AUGCUAAAUAUGUUACAGAAAAAAAAAACCUUAUUUUUAAGAUCUAUAUUAAUUAAAUUUAUUAUUAUAUUUUUUUGGGGAAUAUUAUAUCUUUUUUUUUGCAAUGUAGACCUUUUUGAGAGUAAGCGAACUAAUCAUUUUGAAUUAAUCGUGAAAGGGUCACGAUAUUUAGCUGAAAAUAGAAAAGAAUCUGAGAAAGUAAAUGAUAAACUUAAUAAUAAUAAUGUUGAUAAUUUCAGAGUUAGAGGAAAUGAAAAUGGGUGUGCUAUAAAUAUUGAAGAAACGAGUAUAAAUAAUUGUGAAGGAAAAAAUAAAUUGAUGGUAGGGUGUACAAAAGGUUUAAAAAAAUUGUGGAAUAAAAUUAGUUGUAAUUCUUUAUAUGAUGAAAAUAUCGAUUCUAAUAAUGAUAAUAAGUAUAAUAACAUGAACGAUAGUGCUUGUAAUAAUAAUAAUGAUUUAUUAAAAAAAGAAACACAAGAAAAAAGUGUGAAUGUUAAAAAAGUUGAUGAUGAUAGUAUUAUAUCUAGUGAUAUAAAUAAAAAUUGUUUGUAUGAGAAAAAUAAUAUAAACGAAGAACAUGAUUCAAAAAAUAUUUAUAACUGGGAUUUAGGUAGAAAAUCCUUAGAGAAAUUAUUAGGUUGUUCAAAAAAUUUUAGUAUAAAUGGAGUUAAUUAUGAAAACUGGGACAUUAUUCAAAUACCUACAUGCGGGGCAUCUAGGAUUAAAGAAAAAUGUCAAAAGAUGUAUAAGGUGGUUAUAAAAUCUAAGGGAAAGGAUGGUAUAGUGGGUAAUAAUAAAAAAAUGGGGAAUUGUAAUAAUUUUGAUAAUAUUAAAGGAAAUGAUAAUGAAGAGGAUGAUGAAAUAAAAUUAUUUAUGAAAAAAGUACCUAUUGAUAUAUGGGUAAAGCAAUAUGAUUUAAUGAGAAAAUAUGAUGGAGAAUAUUUAUCAGUAGGGGAGAAUUUUGUAAUGGAGAGUGUAGUAUUAGCAUUUUUAAAUGAGCAUCAUCCAGGUAUAGCACCAAAAUUUUAUAAGUUUUUAUAUGAACCAGAUAUGAACUAUGAUAUAAAUAAUAAUUGUGAUGAAAAGCGAAACAGUAAUGUCCAUAUAGAUAGCAAUUUAGAUACAUUUAAUGAAUCACUAAGAGAAGAAGUAAAUAAUAAUAAGAAAGGUUAUGUUGUUAUGAUAUCCGAAUUCUUUGGUGAAGAUGUUUUUGAUUAUACCAUUAGUGAAAAGGAACGAUUGGAAACAGAGGAAUGGUUUAAAGAUGUAAAUAAGAUAUUAUAUAAAUCAUUGAAAUUAUUAAUAAGUUUACAUAAUGCUGGUAUAUGUCAUCUUGAUUUAACACCUGAAAAUAUUUUAAUUACAAAAAAUUUCGAUAUGAGAUUAUGUGAUUUUGGUAAAAGUGCACCAUUAUAUACGACAAAAUUAAGACAUACAAAAGAAAUGAAUAAGCAGAUUUUUUUUGAAUCAUGCCAACCAAAUAUUGGAAAAAAUCCAAACACUCCCCCAGAAUGUUGGGAUUUAUUUUUAAAAUACGAAUCAUUAGAUGUUGAUGAUCCUUUAGAAUAUUUAAAAACAAUUAUAGAUCCAGAAGAAAGAAAAAUGUAUUAUUAUGAUGUAAGAAGUGCUGAUAAAUAUAUGCUUGGUAUAUUUUUUAUCUUCUUGUGGAAUGAUGGAUAUUUAUGGAAUUCAGCAGAAGUGGAAGAUGAUGACUACUCUCAGUUUGUAAAGAGUGGAAUGAAUUUUGAUUCCUAUGAAUUAACAAAAAAUUGGCCACGAGGUUUAAAGGUCAUCCUCAAGCAAUUAUUAGAUGAAAACUAUAGGAAGAAUUUAAAUCUUAAUGAUCUACUUAUACAUCCUUGGUGGUCUUAUUAG